AUGGACGGCCAGGUUACGAUGCCACGAAAGCUCUGGGAGCAUGCUGAUCCGAAGAGCACACAGAUGUGGCAGUUCAUGCAGGAGGUGAACAGGAAGAGCGGGCGGGAUCUCAAGACCUUUCGCCAGCUCUACGACUACUCUGUAGGACCCGACCGAGCCGAGUUCUGGGCCCACCUCUUCAGCUACAGCAACUUCAUCCACUCUGGCACUUACACGCGCGUGGUUGACGAGUCGGCGACCAUCGACACGGUGCCGCGGUGGUUCGAGGGCGUGCACCUCAAUUUUGCCGAGAACGUGCUGUACACACGCCCCUCACCACCGUCCUCGUCCUCGUCCUCGUCCUCCUCUCCUACCAGCACUGCCAGCGCCGCGACAACAGCACGCUGCACGCUGCACAAGGAGGACGACAAGAUAGCCAUCACCGAGGUGCGCGAGGGCGGGUCCGAGGUGCGGGAGUGCCGCUGGGGCGAGCUGCGGACUCGGGCGGCGGGGCUGGCGGCGGCCAUCAUCGAGACGUUUGUGGUGUGGCUGGCGACGAACUGGCUCGGGGCCAUCUUCUCGAGCAGCUCGACGGAUAUGGGGGUCAAGGGGAUCCUGCAGAGGAGUGUGCAGGUGAACCCAAAGUUGGUCUUUGUGGAUGAUGCGGCAGUCUACAACGGCAAGACUGUCGACCUGCGCCAAAAGAUGAAAGACCUUGUCGCAGGUCUGGACGAGUGUGACGCUUUCACCUCGCUCAUCUCCAUCCCGCGCUGGGCCCACGCCCCACGAGACAUCUCCCAUGUGCCCAAAGCAGAAACCUGGGCCGCCUUAUUAUCCAGCACAACCAAGCCGGCCCCAGACUUUGUGCACAUCGCCUUCCAUGAGCCCUCGAUCAUCUGCUUCUCGUCCGGCACAACAGGAAUGCCCAAGGCCAUCACACACAGCGUGGGCGGGUUGAUGCUCAGCUACUUCAAGGAGGGCCGUCUGCACGAGGAUCUGGGCCCCGAGACCGUGGGGCUGCAGUACACCACGACGGGGUGGAUCAUGUACCUGGCCAACGCGGGCCUCCUGCUCUUCGGGUCCAGGAGUGUGUUCUACGACGGCAGCCCCUUUGUGCCCGAUGCGAGGGUGCUCGUCGACAUCGUGGCAGACCAGGGCGUCACCAAGUUCGGCACCAGCCCGCGGUGGAUGCUGGAGCUGGCCAGGAACGGCCUGUCGCCGCGGGCCAUGGCCGACCUGUCGCGGCUCAAGGUCGUGACGUGCACGGGCAUGGUGCUGAGCGAGCAGCUGUUCGAGUGGUUCUACGACAGCGGCUUCCCCGCCUCCGUGCAGCUGGGCAACAUCUCAGGCGGGACAGACAUCGCGGGCUGCUUCGGCAUCAUGAACCCUCUCGAGCCGCUGUUCGUGGGCGGCACCAUGGGCCCUUCCCUGGGCACCGACGCGAGGAUCUUUGACGCCACGCUGCCGGACGGGACACCUGGGAGCGAGCUCGCCCACGGCACGCCUGGCGAGCUCGUGGCGGUGAAGUCGUUCCCCAACGUGCCGUGCUGCUUCUGGAACGACGGCGACGGCGACGACACCAAGACGCCCGGGCCCAAGUACCAGGCUGCCUACUUCAACCGCUUCCCAGGGGUGUGGGCGCACGGCGACUUCUGCGUCGUGCACCCUCGCACGGGCCAGAUUACGUUCCUGGGCCGGGCGGAUGGGGUGCUGAACCCGUCUGGGGUGAGGUUCGGCAGCGCGGAGAUAUACGGUGUGAUUGAGCGGCGGUUUGCGGACCGGGUGCUGGACUCGCUCUGUGUUGGGCAGAGGAGGCCGCAGGACCAGGACGAGAAUGUGUUGUUGUUUUUGUUGAUGAAGCCUGGGCAUCAGUUCCAGCGGCGUUUGGUGGAGGAGAUCAAGGAGGCGAUUCGGACGGAGCUGUCAAAGAGGCAUGUUCCCAAGUACGUGUUUGAGACGCCAGAGAUACCGAUGACAAUCAAUAUGAAAAAGGUCGAGCUACCAGUCAAACAGAUUGUCUCGGGCCACAAGAUCACCCCAAGCGGCACACUGGCCAACCCACAAAGUCUGGAGUACUACUACCAAUUUGCCAAGGUGGAGGAGCUGAUCACGCCUAAGGAGAAGCUCUAA